UCAUGACAUUUAUCACCAAUUUGCUUAUAUAGAAGUCAGCUCUUUCUGGGGACAUUUUAGUCGCAUAGUGUUUUAUUCUUAUGUUAUUAUUUAGCUCAACACUAUCGAUGUUUAGCCGGCUUGUAGCGGUUCCGCUUCUGUGGAGAUUUGGACUGCCCAGAUUGGGUGCUUGCUGAAAUCAGCACAUUAGCGAAGCUCUCAAGUGUCAAGAUGAAACUCUUGUGUGCUCAAGUGCUGAAGGAUUUGCUUGGGGAAGGCAUCGAUUAUGACAAGAUUGCAAAGCUUACUGCAGAUGCAAAGUUUGAGAGCGGAGACAUCAAAGCUAGUGUGGCAGUGCUCAGCUUCAUUUUCUCAAGUGCAGCAAAGCAUGAUGUUGACAGUGAAUCUCUCUCCAGUGAGCUGCAGCAGCUUGGCCUACCUAAAGAACACACAACAGGGCUCUGCAGAUCCUAUGAAGACAAGCACUCUGCACUGCAAGACAAACUGAGAGAGACAAGCCUGAGAUUGGGACGGCUGGAGGCUGUGUCCUGGCGUGUCGACUACACUCUCAGCUCUAGUGAACUGAGAGAGGUGAAUGAACCUACAAUUCAGCUUAAACUGCAAGUCCAAGGAGCAGAAUCAGGCUCAACAGAGACAGCUGUUUUCUCUGUCUCUGCUGACAAGUUCAGAGUCUUGCUUGCAGAGCUCAAACAAGCCCAGGCUUUGAUGAAUGCACUACAGUGAAGAACGGACAGUGACAUUAAUGUAGGCCAGUUGGGGCACAGAUGACGCAUAGACUGUGAAAACUGCCAUAUGUACAAAUUGUACAGCAUAUUUCCUUUUUUAUAAAUUCAGUCAUUUCAGAGCUUAAGUGUAAACCUAUUUCCUCAUUUGGAUUGACUGAUUUUUUUUUCUUUUUUACCACGUUAUUAAUAGGCUAAUA